AGUGCUGCGUGCUCGCAGGUGGGGAGCGGUGCUGUGCGGUAGCGGAUCGUGUGCGGACUCUGCGGUGGAGGCUUGGUUUUACUUGUUUCUCUCAAAAAUCGAAUAAGCAAGAUGUCUACUAAUGAGAAUGCCAAUACACCAUCAGCUCGACUGAACAGAUUCAAGAACAAAGGAAAGGAUGCUACAGAAAUGAGAAGGCGACGUAUGGAAGUCAAUGUGGAGCUGAGGAAAGCUAAAAAAGAUGACCAGAUGUUUAAAAGAAGAAACGUUAGCACUUUUCCAGAUGAUGCUACUUCUCCCCUUCAGGAAAAUAGAAGCAAUCAGGUUUCAGCACACUGGUCAGUUGAAGAAAUAGUCAAAGGAGUUAAUAAUAAUAAUACAGAGAUUCAGCUACAAGCUACUCAAGCUGCCAGGAAACUCCUCUCAAGAGAGCAGCAACCCCCAAUUGACAGCAUAAUUCGGGCUGGUUUGAUUCCAAAGUUGGUCUCCUUCUUGGGUAGAGCAGACUGUGUUCCUAUUCAGUUUGAAUCUGCCUGGGCACUUACCAACAUUGCUUCUGGCACAUCAGAACAGACAAAGGCAGUAGUAGAUGGAGGGGCUAUUCCAGCCUUUAUCUCACUACUGGCCUCUCCCCAUACUCACAUCAGUGAACAGGCUGUGUGGGCACUGGGAAAUAUUGCAGGGGAUGGUUCUACCUAUAGAGAUCUAGUUAUUAAAUUUGGUGCAAUAGAGCCACUGCUGAGUCUACUUGCUGUUCCUGAUCUCUCUUCCUUAGCUUCUGGAUAUUUACGCAAUGUUACCUGGACCCUCUCAAACUUGUGUCGUAAUAAGAAUCCUGCACCACCCAUAGAAGCUAUUGAGCAGAUUCUCCCAACUCUUGUUCGGCUCUUGCACUAUGAUGACCAUGAAGUGUUAGCAGACACUUGCUGGGCGCUUUCCUAUCUAACAGAUGGUUCCAAUGACAGGAUAGAAGUUGUAGUGAAAACUGGAUUGGUGCCACAACUUGUGAAGCUCCUGGGAUGUAGUGAACUGCCAAUAAUGACUCCUUCAUUAAGAGCCAUAGGAAAUAUUGUCACUGGUACUGAUGAGCAGACACAGAUUGUUAUUGACUCAGGAGCACUGUCUGUCUUCCCAAGUCUCCUCUCUCAUCAUAAAAACAACAUUCAGAAAGAAGCAGCAUGGACAAUGUCCAACAUCACUGCUGGGCGCCAGGAUCAGAUUCAGCGAGUUAUAGACCAUGGUCUUGUGCCUUAUCUCAUUGGUAUUCUGAGGAAGGGGGAUUUCAAAUCUCAGAAAGAAGCUGUGUGGGCUGUGGCGAAUUACACAAGUGGUGGAACAGUUGAGCAGAUUGUGUACCUUGUUCAGGCUGGUGUUCUUGAACCACUACUGAAUCUCCUCUCAGCUAAAGACAGCAAAAUUGUGCUGGUUAUCCUGGAUGCUAUUUCUAACAUCUUCUUGGCUGCUGAGAAGAUUAAUGAGACUGAAAAACUUUGCCUCAUGAUUGAGGAGUGUGGGGGUCUAGAUGAAAUUGAAGCUCUCCAGUCACAUGAAAAUGAGCAAGUAUACAAAGCCUCGUCCACCCUGAUUGAGAAAUAUUUCUCAGCAGAGGAGGAGGAAGACCAAAAUGUUGUACCAGAGUCUACUGCUGCUAGCUACACUUUCCAAGUUCAGGGCAAUACUCCAGAUACUUUCAACUUCUAGAUUCUGUGUAUGUUGCAACCACCUAAAACUUGUCUGGCACACAGCUGACUGCUGCCUCUUUGUCUUAAUACUUCCUCUUUUUUACUGGGUUUUUUUUUGCGACCUGUAGCACUUUGUCCAACUGAAACAUACUUGAACAGUUCAAAACUGUACAUAUGUGAAUUUUUAACUGUAAACUUCAUUCUUUCUGAUAUGUACUUGUAAAUACUUGUUCUCUUUCUGGCUCUUACUGUUCCUUUCGGGGAGAAGGAUGCAGGUGAGUGGGCAAUACAGGCUUCUCACAAAGCCUGAGCCACUGCUCUGCAAACCUUCUGUUAAAUUUUACAUAACCCAUUAUUGUAAUCAAUACACUGAGUAAGCUUUUAAAUAGGGUUUAUAUUUGAAGUUCAAUAAAGUGAUACCAAGUCAUUAAACUUAACUGCCAA